UUCCGGCCCGCCUGGCCCGGGGAAAGGGGGCGCCGCGGGGGCCCGUCGCGCUCUGGGCUCGCUCGGCUUCCUGGAAAGGGCGCGCGGGAGGCGGAAGCGUCGGAAAUCCGAAGGCCGGAAAUUCUCGGCUCUCCCAGAAAGGGGCCCCGGGCGAGGAGAGCCCCGCCGGACUGAAGGCUGGAGGCCUCCGGGGAGCAGGACGAGGGGGCAGCUGUCUUCCCUCCCCCAGAAGACACCUCGGUGGAAGAUUUCCCAAGUCACAACUCCAGUGAGCAAGACCCCUUGCUCCAGAAACUUCAGGCUCUCUGGGUAUGGAAGGACAUGGAAAAGGUCCGAGAAGAAAUGCGCCUGGGCUUCGCCAGCCUGCCCGACCCGUGGGCCUGGCUCCUGGAUGUGCUGGAUUGCUCCACGGACUGGGGAGGGCCCGGCUUGCUGACCCACAUUGUCCGUGAGCUGCAAAGCUGGAUAAAGAGCCAUGCCAGGGAUCAGCCGUCCGGCUUAAAGCUGGAGGAGCUGCAGGCUCGUCUCUUGACCUGCCUGGCCAGGUGCCACGCCAGCCUGCUGCAGCCCCUGAUCAGCAUCUACCAGCUCCACACUGCAGACUAUCACCGUUUGCUGGCCUUCGUUAACCAGCUCUGCCAGCAGGGGAAGUUCAAGGAGGCUGCUAUUUUAAGUAUAAAACUGAAACUGCAACCAGACCUGGAAUUUGAGAAGGUGUGCGUCCCGUUGCUGCUUCAGGACAAAAUGGAAGUCAUCGAAGCUUACGUGGAAGGCAGCCUUGAGCUACAGCAGAGCCUCUUGCAACUCCUGGACUCCUGGUCCAUUCCAGGCUUCCAGAUCAAAGACCUCGCUAGACAGUAUCGGGCCCUGCCUGGCAAGUGGCCGGAAAAGGUAAACUGCAGGGCGAUGAAUAAAGUGGCCUUCCGGUUGCUGCAGAAGUACAGCCUGGACCCAGUGCUUUGUCCCCAUAUUCUCAACCAGCGACACCUGGGCACCUUGAAGUACCUGCUCCACAAGAGAUUUGUUGAGAAAUCCAUGACGCAAGAAAAUUGGUCCGAUCACAUCCAGAGCAUCAUCAAGGACAACCAGUGGCUACAAGAGCAGCUGGUGCAACUCCUGGUCCGUUACGCUGGCCUCGAGGUGGCUGCCCAGUGGGCCCGGCACUACAGACUCCUGGGGGACAGCUUGCCGCCCGGCCUGGCAGCCAGGAUGGACGAGCCAGCCAUCCCGGAGAGGUAGCGAAGAG